GUGCGCCGGAAGGUUGCUCUUCUUGCCGCAGAGAAGGAGGAUGGGGGCAAAGCGAGCGGGAAGUACAUUUUUAUCCAAAGGUUUCCGGCAGCUUGGAGCACCUUGUUCUCCAUCCCAACCUUUCUUCCAGAGGUGCCCGGAGAGAGCCGGGCGAGCUCAGAAGGCGAUGGAAAGCACGGAGUUGUACGCCAAGGGUGCGUGUGUUUGGGUGCCCGACCCUGAGGCUGUGUGGGUGUCUGCCCAGCUCCUGCAGGACUUCAAGCCAGGAGAUGGACUCCUCCUGCUUAAGCUUGGUGAUGGCAGGGAAGUGCAACAUCCUGUCUCUGUGCCCUCUGAUCUCCCCCCGCUAGGGAACCCUGACAUCCUCGAGGGGGAGAACGACCUCACCUCUCUCAGCUUCCUGCACGAGCCAGCUGUGCUGCACAACCUGCGUGUGCGUUUCCUCGACUACAACAGCAUCUACACUUAUUGCGGAAUUGUGCUGGUGGCUAUCAAUCCGUAUGAGCAGCUGCCCAUCUACGGUGAGGAGGUGGUUGACGCGUACAGCGGGCAGGACAUGGCUGAUAUGGAGCCUCAUAUCUUUUCGGUGGCCGAGGAGGCGUACCGUACUAUGAUCAGGGAGAAGAAGAACCAAUCCAUUAUAAUCAGCGGGGAGUCUGGAUCGGGGAAGACGGUCUCAGCCAAGUUCACCAUGCGCUACUUCGCAGUGGUUGGUGGAGCAUCCCAGCAAACCAGUGUCGAGGAGAGGGUUCUGGCCACCAACCCAAUUAUGGAGGCCAUAGGUAACGCCAAGACAACCCGCAAUGACAAUAGCAGCCGUUUUGGGAAGUACAUCGAAAUAGGAUUCGGGCACCAAGGGAACAUCAUAGGAGCGAACAUGAGGACCUACCUUCUGGAGAAAUCACGCGUUGUCUUCCAGGCCCAAGAGGAGAGGAAUUAUCACAUUUUCUACCAGCUGUGUGCUUCCUGUGACCUGCCAGAAAUGAAGGGCCUUAAACUGGAUGCAGCUGAGCAGUUUCGUUACACUAACCAGGGAGGGAGAACUUGGAUUCCAGGCACAGAAGAUGCUUUGGAGUUGGAACGAGUCCGCAACGCAUUCACCGUCCUGGGUGUGCGCUCUGACCAACAGAUGGAGCUGUUCCAAAUUUUGGCCGCCAUUCUGCACCUAGGGAACGUCAAUAUCCAAGCUAGCGGAAGGGGUGGAGAUCGGAGCUACAUCGACGGCGAGGACCUUUCUCUGCUGCUGUUCUCCAAGCUGCUGGGCGUGGAGCGUGCUCAGAUGGCCCACUGGCUGUGCCACCGGCGCUUGGCUGUUGCCGGGGAGACGCUGGUGAAGCCCAUGUCGGGCCAGCAGGCCUCGGAGGCCCGUGACGCUCUUGCCAAGCAUGUGUACGGGCAGCUCUUCUCGUGGACUGUCGGACAGCUCAACGCAGCCCUGCGGGCACAGAGAGGAGCGCCCGUGUCCUUUAUUGGGGUUCUUGACAUCUAUGGGUUUGAAACAUUUGACAGGAACAGCUUUGAACAGUUCUGCAUAAAUUAUGCAAAUGAGAAACUGCAGCAGCAGUUCAACCUGCACGUCUUCCAGCUGGAGCAGGAGGAGUACGUGAGGGAGGGGCUCCCCUGGAGCCGCAUCGAGUUCAGCGACAACCAGCCUUGCAUCGCGCUCAUCGAGGGGCCGCUAGGCCUGCUGGAUCUGCUGGAUGAAGAGUGCAGGAUGCCAAAGGGCUCCGAUGAAAGCUGGGCCCGGAAGUUGUACGAUCAACACCUGAACCACCAUCCCAGUCCCCACUUCAGCAAGCCACGCAUGUCCAGCACAGCCUUCAUCGUUUCUCACUUUGCAGACACGGUCCAAUACGAAUGCGUCGGAUUCCUGGACAAAAAUCGGGACACGGUAUUUGAGGAGCCCAUCAACAUCCUGAGAGCCAGUCAGUCUGAGCUCGUAGCGGAGCUGUUUCAGCAGGAUCCAGCAGGAGGCGCGCUGUCGCUCUCAGGGCUGAAUUCCAGCAUUCCCAAUGGGAGCCUGCGCUCCGGAAAGAGAGCUCACCGAGAGCAUAAGCUGACGGUGGGUUUUCAGUUCCGUCAGUCUCUGCAGCUCCUCAUGGACACUCUGAACGCCACAAACCCACACUACGUUCGCUGCAUCAAGCCCAAUGACCUCAAGCAGGCUUUUGUGUUUGAUCCAAAAAGGGCAGUACAACAACUGCGAGCCUGUGGAGUUCUGGAAACGAUUCGCAUCAGCGCAGCCGGAUACCCUUCGAGGUGGACCUAUCCUGAGUUUUUUGAGAGGUACUGGCUCCUGCUGCGUCGGUCGUUGGAGGAGGAAGAUCUGCAGAGCACCUGUCAGAGAGCCCUGGCAGACCUCAUACCAGAGCCAGAUCGAUAUCGCUUCGGAAAGACCAAGGUGUUCUUCCGCGCUGGACAGGUGGCUCUGCUGGAGAGGCUGAGGGCCGAGAGGCUGCGAGGAGCAGCGGUGGUCAUUCAGAGCCGGGUCCGCGGCUGGCUGGCUCGCGUACGGUAUCGGAGGACCUGCUGGGCUGCGCUCACCCUGCAGCGAUACGCCAGAGGAGGACUAGCCAGGAGACUGGCUCACGUGCUGCGCCGCAACCGUGCCGCCGUGCUCCUGCAGAAGACGUUCCGCAUGGUGGUUGUGAGACGGUUGUACGCGCUCAUCCGUGAAGCCGCCGUCACCAUCCAGGCCUUCACCCGAGGGACGCUGGCACGGCGUCGCUACAGGAAGCUUGUGGCGGAACGGGCGGCGGUGAGGCUCCAGGCCGGCGUGCGCGGCUGGCUGGCGCGGCGGACGUACCGCAGGCUGCGGGCGGCGGUGUUGCUGCUCCAGUGCUGCGUGCGGCGGCGGGCGGCACGGAGGGAGUUGCAGAGGCUGCGGGUGGAGGCGCGUUCGGUGGAGCGAUAUCGAGAGCUCAAUAAGGGCAUGGAAGUGAAGCUGAUGCAGCUACAGCUGAGGGCCGACCAGCAGGCUCGGGAGACUGCUGCUCUGAGGGAGGCUCUCCUCACCGAGCGCGAGGCCCACGGUUUGGAGGUGGCCCGCCUGCAGGGGGCGCUUUCCAAAGUGGAGGCACAGCUACGGGAGAAGCCCCCGGUGGCCCCGGUAGAGCUGGAGAGGGACCGGGAGGAGAGACGAAGGGCGGAGGAGAGAGCAGCCCAAGAGAUGUCUCGACUUGCACAGGAGGUGCAGGCCCUGCAGGGACAGAAUCGAGUCCUGGAGGAGGAAAGAACCGCUCUACUCGGCCAUUUACAACAGCAGGAGCGCCUUCAGGAAGAGCAAGUGGCAGUGUGUGUUGCCAAGGCUGCCGAGGGUCUCCAAGGGGACCUGGAGGAGGAGAGGAGACGCUACCAAGGUCUUCUGAGGGACUUCUCCCGUCUGGAGCAGAGAUACGAGAACCUAUGCGAGAUGAACGCCUUGACGGAGCGCUCUCGGGAGCACCGGCGCACGGGCUCGAAUCAAAGCAUGGUCUUGGAGCUGCCCUCCCCAGUGUCACCCGCUGCUUUUGCCUCUUCUCCGUUCGCUGUAUCUGAGGCGGACAAGCAAGUCGGCAUGGCAGCAGGUCCCCGGCUCGCCGACUCCGCCCUGGACGCCCUGAUGGGAGCUGUGGAUGUGCCUACGGAUGCGGCGGAGAAAAUGAGCGGAGAGGAUCUGAGGCACGCCUACGAUGCCGUUCGCGUGGCCAACAAGUUUCUGGAGUCCCAGCUGACGUCCCAGCGCGCCCAGUGGGAGGAGGAGAUGUCUGCGCUGCGGUCGGAGGUCCGACGACCAAGGGAGGUCCUGGUUACCCCGGCAGCCGCCUUAGGCUCAGAGCCACAGGAGUCGCUCGGCUCCCUUCUGAGUGAGAACGUGGACCUGAUGGAGCAGGUGGAAGCUGGGGAGCGGGAGUGUCGCCGACUCCGAAGCGAGCUGAGACACCUGAGAGAGACGGUCACGCUGAGGAGGGCACUCAUGCGCGCAGUGUCCAGCGCCGCUGUAACAUCUGGACACGACGCGCAACCUCCGCAACUAAAGGGCCUGGACGCCACUGGGUUGCUGGAGUGCAGGAAGAAGGACGAGGUGAAACUCAUCAAAAACCUCUUCACAGAGCUGCGGGUCGACUGCGCCCUGUCCCUCACCCCGGGUCUGCCGGCCUGCGUGCUCUUCCUGUGCGUGCGCCAGGCGGACUGCGUCGGGGACCGGGAUCGGGCACGCUCCCUCUGCAUUGCUGCUGUCGGCGGCAUUAAGGGGGCGCUCAAGAAACACUCUAACGAUGUGGACGUGACGGCCCUCUGGCUGAAGAAUACGUGUGUGCUGAAGGACCUGCUGACCCAGCACUCCACGUUGCAGGACACUGGCAAUGUGCCAGCAGAUGUGAUGCCAUUGUCCUCAGAUCUGAGUGACCAGCAGCGUUCCCUCAGUGACCUGUCCAUCCAGGCCUACCAGCAGCUCCUGUCUGUCACCGAGGGACGCCUGCAGCCUGUUAUCGUGCCUGCUCUCUUGGAGAGCGAGACCAUUCCUGGCCUGACGGGCUUCGGAGGUAAGCUCUCUCGCAAAAGGGCGGGGUCUGACACCAAGCCCGGUGGUGCCACUGAGCCUGUCACCAUGGCAACCGUGCUGAGGGAGCUGGGGGCCUUGCACACGGCAAUGUCCCGCCAGGCGCUACCGCCCACCCUGCUGGAGCAGGCUUUCCAUCAGCUCACGUACCUGCUGGCUUCUACCGCCCUCAACAACCUACUGCUGCGCAAGGAUAUGUGCUGCUGGAGCCGUGGCCUGCAGAUCAGGUACAACGUGAGCGUGCUGGAGGAGUGGCUCCGGAGCAGAGGGCUGCAGACAGCGGACACCCUGGCCUCCUUGGAGCCGCUGAUCCAGGCUGCUCAGCUGCUGCAAGUGAGCAAGAAAUCGGAUGCGGACGCAGAGGCCCUUGUUCAAACCUGCACCGUACUCUCCAACCAGCAGAUUGUCAAGGUUUUAACCCUCUACACCCCUCACAGUGACUUCGAGGAGAGGGUGACACUAAAUUUCAUCCGUACGGUCCAGCGCCUUCUGAAAGAGCGUGCUGAUGGACAGCCUCGCCAACUGCUGCUGGACGUGCAUCGCUUCUUCCCCGUCACCUUCUCUUACCAGCCCCCUCCUCUGCUGCGGGCAGAUCAACUGACCAUCCCGGACUCUCUGAAGGUCUCCUUCCUCCGCAGGGUCUGAGCUGGGGGGCACAACUGGGCUUUGUGGGGAAAAUGCCUUUUGAAGGAGUUGUUGCUCAAUGAGCAGCCCUUAGCCUGUGUGGGGUCUGCGGGGGGGGAACAGGGCCACAAUUGCACCACAACUUGCACGUUUUGGACAGCAUGUUAGAGCACGGUAGUUUCUCUUGGUAUGGAUGUUCAUAUUUGCAAGGAUAAAAUAAAGAAUUUGA